AUGACUGACAGAAGCAAGUUCGAUGAUAGAUUUGUGCGGGUGCAGGUAGCGAUACAUAUAAUAGCUGCGCCUCCCUCGAGCACCUCUUCUCCCCCCUCUUCUCCCCCCUCUCCACACCCUCCCACGGAUCGCCCCAGAGAGACUCCUCAGAUGGACGAGUUCAAGAGCCUUCUCGACGGGCGGCUUGUAGCGAGGCGUCUCUUCAAGUCGAUUGCCGACCAACUCGCGAACACGAGGCAUAUAGGACGCAAGCACUCACUGUAUGCGGAAUGGGAGGGACUCGAGCGGUGCUAUGAAGAGCUUGAAGAGGAAGUACGAAGCAACGCUGAGGACUGCGUUAGCUGCAUGACUAUCCAUCGCGAUGUCGUCAUCCCUCUGACUGAAUUGCCGAUGCCUAUCAAAGAGAAACAAGAAGGCAUCAAUCAGUUCCUGAAGAGUUUGGGGAGACUUCGUCAAGGCAGCAAGAGUAUCACAAAGAAGCUCGCCGAUCUGCGGGAUGAAAUUGAAGCUUUCCCGCCGAAGGUCUCUAAGUCGGUCGAUGCAUCCCGCCCAUGGUAUGAGCGGUGGUUCGAUGCAUCUCGCCCAUGGUAUGAGCGGUGGUUUGAUGUACUGAGAUCUCUUGUGACAAGGCUGCUGCAGUGGUUUGCGCAGCUCGCGAAGAAGGCAGAUCCACAUCGCGCGAAUUCCGGAACCGGGAAUGUCAACGAAACUAAUGUUGUGCGCCCAGAGGAACCGCUUUUGUGGAAACAUCAGGAGAACAAUAAUGACUAUGAGAACUUGAGCGACGCGCUUCUCCAAUUGAAAUUGGCCUGGUCAAUGAUGCGACAAUCUUGCGACACGCUCCACCAUACUUUAGGGCUGGCCGCUGAUAACAGCCACAGAGAGAAAAACGCAAAGUUGUGCGAUGUGUUCUUGCAAGCAGCAGGAUUGUAUUUGAAGCAGUCGAGGGAAUACGCCGAGCUAUUUGCUGCUGAAGUUACUGAGUAG